AUGGCGGCGACGCACCACCCGGCCUCCCCGACCGGCGCCGGCGCCGGCGGCAAGUCCCCCUCCUCCUCCCCCUCGCCGCCGACGCCGGUGCGCCUGGCGGCGUCGCAGGCGGCGGCGGUGGCGGCGUCGCAGGCGGCGGCGGUGGCGGCGAUCCAGCCCAGCUCGCCGCGCUACUUCUUCUCCUCCCUCGCGGCCUCCUCCUCGCCGCACCGCCGCAUCGCCAUCGCCGUCGACCUGUCCGACGAGUCCGCCUUCGCCGUCAAGUGGGCCGUGCAGAACUACCUGCGCCCGGGCGACGCCGUCGUGCUCCUCCACGUGCGCCCCACCUCCGUGCUCUACGGCGCCGACUGGGGCUCCAUCCCCGUCACCGUCGAGGACGGCGACGAGGAGGGGGGAGGAGGCGCGGCGCCGGCGUCCGGGGACCCGGAGGAGGACGCGCGGAAGAAGCGGGAGGAGGACUUCGACGCCUUCACCUCCACCAAGUCGCAGGACCUGGCGCAGCCGCUCGUCGCCGCGCAGAUUCCCUUCAAGAUCCACAUCGUCAAGGACCACGACAUGAAGGAGCGCCUCUGCCUCGAGGCCGAGCGCCUCGGCCUCUCCGCCAUGAUCAUGGGCAGCCGCGGCUUCGGCGCCUCCCGCAGGGCAGGUAAUGGCAGGCUAGGGAGUGUCAGCGACUACUGCGUGCACCACUGCGUCUGCCCCGUGGUGGUUGUCAGAUACCCUGAUGACGCCGGAGCGUCGGGCGGUGCCGAGUCUGUGGGGGAUGAGCUAAGGACGGUGCCUGAGAACGAGGUGGUGUUCCAUGAGGCGCCAGAGGGGCAGAAAGAGAAAACUGAGGGUAAUAGCAAAGCACAGAGCAGCCAGAUGAAAGAGGAGAGAGCAAGUCUUGCUUGA